AAUAUAACAACAGCAAAAAGCUUAGCCAAUCUGAAGAGCUCUUUAGCUAUCCCCACACCCACAACACUCCAAAACCGCAACCCAAUCUCUUCGCAUUUCGCCCUAAAAUGUCACCGGCUCCCGUCGCCGAGCCCGCCACCGCCGCCGCCGCGGAGCCUCAGUCCGAGGAAAUUCCGAUAACUGACGAAUCUACGAAGACCACUACUCAGAACGAGGAAGAGACCGUUGUUGUCGAGGACGUUAAGGACGACAAGGAUGAGGACGACGACGAUGACGACGACGACGACGACGAUGAUGAGGACAAGGAAGAUGGCGCUCAAGGAGCAAAUGGGAGUUCCAAGCAGAGCAGGAGUGAGAAGAAGAGCCGCAAGGCGAUGUUGAAGCUUGGCAUGAAACCAGUUACAGGUGUUGGCAGGGUCACCAUCAAGAGAACCAAAAAUAUCCUAUUUUUCAUCUCAAAGCCUGAUGUUUUCAAGAGCCCACAUUCUGAGACAUAUGUCAUAUUUGGGGAGGCAAAGAUAGAGGAUUUGAGCUCUCAGUUGCAGACACAGGCUGCCCAGCAGUUCAGGAUGCCAGACAUUAGUUCUGUGACGGCCAAAUCUGAAAACCCUGCGGCAGCUGCUGGACCACCAGCAGACGAAGAAGAGGAGGUGGUUGACGAAACUGGUGUGGAGCCUAGGGAUAUUGAUUUGGUCAUGACACAGGCAGGAGUGUCGAGGAACAAGGCCGUCAAGGCUCUUAAGACUAGCGAUGGGGACAUUGUCAGUGCUAUUAUGGAGCUCACCACCUAAGUUGCCCUCUUCAUUUUCUUUAGCUGUUAUAUUUUCCUGAUUAUCAGUUUUCCAAACAGUUGUCAUCUAGUUAUUGUACUUAUAUUGUUUCCCAUUUAUAUGGAGGCUAGAUUACGCUUUCAUUUUUGUUGGACUGAGGACUUUCAGUCAAUUAGAGGGUCUGUAGUUUCAUUUACUUAUUCUUACCUUUUGAUUUAUUAAGAUUAAUAUUUCAUUCU